AUGGAAGAGGUAAAGUUGAUAUGUCUUGAUGAGCGUUGGGUCUCCAUUGCAAUAGACAAUCGAGACGAUCUUGGGGAUGUUGGGUCCCUCGACUUCAAGUUUCUGGAGCAGGUCUUACCACACUGCUCCAAAGACCAGUUGGUUCACAUCGAGAAGAGCACCAAAGGUAAAGAUCUGAGUCCCAUCACCGAUAAGCUGUGGAAGAAGUUCUUCGAGAGAGAUUUCGGUGUUAAAGCCACAGAUGAGGUGAUCGAGAAGAUGAAGAUCAAGAAAGUGAGUUUCAAAUGGUCGGAAUUGUACCACGCCAAGUUGAAGAGAAUGGAAGAGGCUGAGAAAGAAGCGGGUGAAAGGUUGAAGAAUCUGUAUCAGAAAGAAAGCGCCCGGAAACGAAGCCGGCAAGUUAGGGUUUUGGAUAAGGUUCCACCUUCUUCUUCAAGCAAUAAAAGAAGUGGAUCCAACGCAGGGAGCAAACUGAUGAAGAAAGUGAGGAAAGAGUAUCUGAAUUGUUUGGAGGUGAAAAAUCUUGAAGCUGUGAAGAUGAAGAGAACUGCCAAGUGUUCUGGUCUCAUCAAAAAGCCAAGAACGACUCUUCAAGCUACUAACGUCUUUUGA